AUGUCACUAGUAAAGUUUCUGUCUCCAUUUGAAUACAAGGAGCCUCAGCAAGGGUUUUGGGGCCCAGUGACUUCGACAAUCGACUGGUGUGAGGAAAACUAUGUGAUUUCCCCCUAUUUUGCGGAGCUGGUUAACGCCACCACAAACCUCUCGUUCUACUUUCUGUCGCUCAACUUGGUACGUUCGGCUAUUGUGAACAAGCAUGGACUGAUGUUUGUUUUUGUGUCCAUCGGUAUGUGCGUCGUUGGAAUCGGAUCGUGGUUGUUCCACAUGACCUUGAAAUAUGAAUUCCAAUUACUAGACGAGCUCCCAAUGAUUUAUGUCACAGCUAUUCCGUUUGCCUACAUUUUUGGGCUGGAAACAAAUUCCAGGAUGAAGAGGUUCCUUGUGUACGGGGUCACGGCCGUCGUCAUCGCAGCACUAACUUAUAUUUACUGCUCAGUGUACAAAAAUCCUGAGCUUCACCAGGCUUCCUACGCUGUGCUCAAUUUUGCCAUAGUGUUCAAGUCACUAUCUUUGGUGAAGAAGCACGUUACAGACUACAACCAGAGGCAUUUCCUCUACAAAUUUGUUGGCUUUGCUCUGUUUGAGUUCCUGUUCGGAUUUUUAGUUUGGAACCUCGACACAUUCUACUGCUCGGAGCUCAUUAGGGUCAGAAGAAUGGUUGGCCUUCCACUUGGAGCCUUGUUGCUGGAAGGACACGGAUGGUGGCACAUUCUCACCUCUCUGGGGAUCUUCCAUUUCAUCCUCUACAACCAGAUCCUGAACGUGUGGUACCAUGGGGCUCAGGACCAAUACGAGCUGGUUUGGAAAUUAGGCAUGCCGUUUGAGGUCAGGCUGAAACAGAGUCCGUCGCCAACGCCACCGAAAGAUGAGAAAAAGGCCAUUAAAUAG